AGCCCCGGCUGCGCUUCCGGAGAGGGGAAAGUGGUUUUGUCCAGCAUUCGUCCCGAGGAUGCGAUUGGCAGAGCAGCGGGGCGCGGGGGGGGAUCCUGCCCGGAGAGUGUGUGCCUUAGGAGCGCGAGGUAUAGGCUGGCGAGGGUCUUCUGCAGGGCAAGAAGUCAGCGUCACCAGGCACCCAGAGGAAGACUGUUGAGCCUUGGAGAGGUGUGCUGUGAACCCCGCAUCAACUCAGCUGUCAACUGAUUUUUACUGUCUACUUCGUGCCGCGCUGGCAGGGCUGAGGAACAAUGGAAAGGAUGCCACCCAAGCGUAUAGCUAAGAGAAGGUCACCUCCAGAGGAUGCUCUCCCCAAAAGCAAGAAGGUGAAGGACCCUCGUAACCAGGCAGUGAGGGCCGCUGCCUCCCGUCGUGUUCCAGGUGCCCACGGGCCGAGCCCUCCUGACCAGAAAACCCGACCAGUCUCACAUAGGUCCCACAGCACAGAACCAGGCAUGGUGCUGACACUGGGCCAGGGCGAUGUGGGCCAGCUGGGGCUGGGCGAGAAUGUGAUGGAAAGGAAGAAGCCAGCCCUGGUGCCCAUUCCGGAGGACAUUGUGCAGGCUGAGGCUGGGGGCAUGCAUACCGUGUGUCUAAGCAAAAGCGGCCAGGUCUACUCCUUCGGCUGCAAUGAUGAGGGUGCCCUGGGAAGGGACACAUCAGUAGAGGGCUCAGAGAUGGUUCCCGGGAAAGUGGAGCUACAAGAGAAAGUGGUACAGGUGUCGGCAGGAGACAGUCACACAGCAGCCCUCACUGAGGAUGGCCGAGUUUUCCUCUGGGGCUCCUUCAGGGACAAUAAUGGUGUGAUUGGACUCUUGGAGCCCAUGAAGAAGAGCAUGGUACCUGUGCAAGUGCAGCUGACAAUGCCUGUAGUGAAGGUGGCCUCAGGAAAUGACCACUUGGUGAUGCUGACAGCUGAUGGUGACCUCUACACUUUGGGCUGCGGGGAGCAGGGCCAGCUGGGCCGUGUGCCUGAAUUAUUUGCCAACCGUGGUGGCCGGCAGGGCCUUGAACGACUCUUGGUCCCCAAGUGUGUGAUGCUGAAAUCCAGAGGAAGCCGGGGUCACGUGAGAUUCCAGGAUGCCUUCUGUGGUGCCUACUUCACUUUUGCCAUCUCCUGCGAGGGUCAUGUAUAUGGAUUUGGCCUCUCCAACUAUCAUCAGCUUGGAACCCCAGGCACAGAAUCUUGCUUUGUACCCCAAAACUUGACAUCCUUCAAGAACUCUACCAAGUCCUGGGUGGGCUUCUCUGGUGGCCAGCAUCAUACAGUCUGCAUGGAUUCAGAAGGAAAAGCAUACAGCCUGGGUCGCGCUGAGUAUGGGCGGCUGGGCCUUGGGGAGGGUGCUGAGGAGAAGAGCAUACCCACCCUCAUCUCCAGGCUCCCUGCUGUUUCCUCAGUAGCUUGUGGGGCCUCCGUAGGGUAUGCCGUGACCAAGGAUGGUCGUGUUUUUGCCUGGGGCAUGGGCACCAACUACCAGCUGGGCACGGGGCAGGAAGAGGAUGCCUGGAGCCCUGUGGAGAUGACAGGCAAACAGCUGGAGAACCGUGUGGUCUUAUCUGUGUCCAGUGGUGGCCAGCACACAGUCUUACUAGUCAAGGACAAGGAACAGAGCUGAUGAAGCCUCUGCGGGCCUGGCUCCCGCCACCCACCCCCCCUCCUGGAACUGGGAAGCUAUGACUAUAGAUUCCAGCAGGCCUCCCCCAGCCCUGAGUACUCUGUCAUCUGCCUUUUUCCUAUCAGCAGAACAGAAUCCUUUCCCUCU